AUGAUCGCUAAGUGCAUUGUCGUUUUGGCCAUCGUUGCCCAAAUCAACGCUAACGUGAUUUCCGGAGGACAAACCGUUGCCACUAGAAACAUCGUUGCCAGAGGAAAAUACCCAGUUGUUUUGCAAAACCCAGGUCCAGCCAUCGACAAGCGCGUCCCAGUUACCACCUCCCACGUUCAAACUCCAGUCCAAGUUAAGCCAACCGUUCGUCUUCCAGCUUGCAUCCCAGCUCCAAAAACCGUUUCCCACACCUGCACCUGUUACAAGACCGUCAUGAGACCAACCGUUCAACAACAAUACAUCACCGUUCCAUCUGUCCAACGUUACAUCGAAACCACUCACCAACCAGUUGUUGAACACAUCCACUACGAAGCUUGCCCAGUCAACUGCCCAGACACCGUUUCUGAAGUUGCUUACGCUAGACCAAUGGUCGGUAACGUUGUCGGUGUUGCCACUCCAGUUCAAGUUGCCUCUGCCGUUCCAGUCGCUACCUUUUCCACCGGUUGCCAACAAUGCGUUUGA